AAAAUAAUUGACAAAUGCAACUAGAUAAAGAAAUCUAGAAAAAUUGGCUUAGAGUAAAUCCACUUGAAAAUCCAAUUUUGAAGGAUCCUCCAAAACAUUAGCCUGAGAAGUUUAACGAGUAUGUCGAAUUGAAAGAUGAGGAAAAAGUUGUAGGAUUUUUGGUGAAUUAAUAAUCAUAUUUUUUCUAUGAAGAUGGAGGGUAUUAUUCAAUUAAAAUUCAUAGAUGGAGAGAUGAGAAUGGUUGUUAUUAUGAUAAGGAUGGACAACCAGAUGGAUGGUUUGUUUUACACCCUGGUAAUGAUAAUCAUGAACAUUAUUAUGAUCAAGAUGGCAUGUAUGUACCAACAGAUGUUGAGAAUGAAAAGAAUUCCAUUGAUAUUAAUUAAGAUAAUGAGGAAGACUCAAAUUAAUCAGAUAAAGAUGAUAUAUAAGAGUAUGAAAAACCCUGAAAAACCAAUUAAAUUGAUUUUCAAAAAAUAUAGGAAGCAUA